AUGUUACCGUAUCGCUGAGGAGUAUCAAUUGGCUUGAUAUCAUCGAUCCAGCUAUCUAAUUCCUUGAGGAGUGUAAUAAGAUUAUCGAUAGUCUUACCUCUGUCAGUAUAUAGCUCCUACAGAUAAUUGGACACACCUCCAAGCCUGUCAACUCAUCAGAGUUGUCAAUAUCAAUUGCUCUAUCAACAACAGCAGAAUUCAACUCUUGUAUGAAAGCAAUGAGUCUAGUAUAGGCUUUAGAAUGCGUCCAUUGGUAUACGUCGCUCUCUGUGAAUAUUCUCCUCUGUGGACUAUCCAUGUCUUCCUCAUAAACUGUCGUCUAUCCAAGGAUGAUAAAGAUAUCGACCAAACCUGAGGACAAAGUGAAAAAUGAUUUCAAGCUACUUGAACUGAAUGAUGAGCUAGUAAAAGCUUUAGACGAUCAGAAGUUGCUGCUAUUCAAAGGUGACGGCGAUGAAGACGUCGUCUUAUGCACGCAGGAUAAUACCUACUCACUCAAGAAUAGAAUGCAUUCUAACAGUUUGACGAUGUUAGACGAAUCUACAAAUAAAGAUGAAUACUCAAUAGCACAUACGUUCCAUGAAAUAUUAGAGGUACAGAAAUGUAGUCCAAAUAUCGACAAAAUAGAUAUGUUACUCUCACAUCGCGUUUUACUUGAUCCAACUGAAGUUGACAAUAAUGUUGAAGAGAGGUUAAAAUAUGAUUAUGAUCGUAUAAGUAGUGAAAUACAAGCUAGUGAUAAGGAAAUUCGUCAGGCUUUCACAGAUAGACGUAUUGUCUGCUUCAAUGGAGAAUACCGCCCAGUUGAUCCAGAGUGUCUUUUGCGCGCCCUCGACGUGAUACUUAACACUUUAGAGCUUGUUGAUAUGUCGUUCAAUAAGGUUGACAAAGACGAACUAGCAGACAGUAUAAACAAAGACCAUAAUAUUAAUAGAGAUUACAUAAGCACUGUUAUUGGAUGGUAUAUGAACAGCGAUACGACACUAGAUAGUCAGGCAUUCGUAAAGGAAAUUGGAUUAUCUCUCCUCAAAGUACAAAGCCGAGCAACGGCAUUUGAGAAGUUUCUUGAUGAUUGGAAAUCAAGGUCUGGCUAUGAACUACAAGAUCAGUGUAACUUGAACUUAUUGAAGGGUUACUACUUGAUAGAAGCUGGACAGAUAACAUAUUUUACUACGUCAUCUUUAUCUAAGAACCCAUCUAAGCGAUUCCAAGAAUUAUUCAAGACACGCCAAAAAUGGUUCUCUGUAGACUUUAUCCCAUUCAUUAGGGACCUUGGAGAUAGCAAAGAAUUGGAGAGAAUGGUGAUGAAAUUUUGUCGAACGCAAACAGACAAAGAUACAGGAAUGGAGACAUAUACUUCUAGACAACGCAUUUAAAUUAUUUAAUCCGAGAAUUCAAUGGUUUCUCCGCCUUGUUGUAAUACCCCUUUACGCACUUUUUCACCUUUGGCUUUCAUGAGGUCUUCAACCGUACGGAGUGUACCUUCACCAGUAGCUGGCUGGUUAAACCAACCGAGAUUGUCUGCUAUUAGAUGUCGAUUUUUGCAUCCUG